AUGGACUCCAAGUAUAAAACUGUCAUACAGGGUGAGGCUUCGGAAUCCGACGAUGAAGAAGAAUACUUUAAUGAAGAGCCAAAGUCCGUUGUUGUUGAUGGAGAAGCCCCAGAAUCCGAUGAAGAAGAAAUCAACACAGGCAAUAGUCCUACAAAGAAAGAGCUGCCUCAGUUGAAGCUAAAUGAACAUUCAUCCCCAUUUGAAUCAGUGGAUGACCUUACAAGUGUUCCAACAUUGUCUCCAAAAUAUGCUGGACGUCCAAAAUAUGACAACGUUCUCAAUAAAAAAUUAUGGGAGAGUAAUCUUUCAUUAUGUAAUAACUUAAAUGGACUAGUUGGCCAGAGUUACCUGUCAGCAGCUAAAGAAAUCACCAACUGUUGCCAACAGCUAUCAAAGUCACAUGCCUCUCUCCAGGAUGUCAGCCACAACAUGAGAUUGAUGACAAACGACUGCUUCAACCUGCAAGAUCUCUUUGACACAGUCACCACCUGUACCCUUCUACCAAAUAUUCUCCUGCCAGCAAAGCCAACAAUGGCUGCAGCUUCAUUACCUCCCCAGCCAGAUUCUGCAUCAUUGUCAGCUGCCACAUCCGUUUCAUCUGUAGAUACGUCAGCAGCAAUCCCUGGGGCUGAUGUUUCCUAA